CGUCGCAAACCGGCCGCGUCCGGUCUCCGGCUCCUUGCCCUCUCCCGCCCCCCCCCCCCCCCAUCCCCCAGUCUCCGGCCCCUCGGCCUCGGCCGCGCCCUCUGCCGAUGAAUGUGUCGCAGAAGCCGCCGCGCCGGGACCGGGGGCCGAGCCGAGGCCCCGCCCCCGGCAGCCCCUCGGAAGGAGGGUGGGAGGGGACGUUGGCAGCCCCCGCCCCGCCCACAGCUCGCCGGGCAGUGGCCGCGCUGGCCCGCUGACCGCCUGGCAGGGCUCCCUUAGACCACAAGGCACAGGCCAAGGGCCGGCUGGUGCCCCUGGCAGCGUCUGGGGCGGGCUGUCUGGUCCUCGUCCCACCGGCCCCAGCUUCUUCUCGGAAGGAUCUCUGUCCCAAGCUGACAGCUCUGAAGCCUUGGGUCUACAAGGGCUGCCCGGGCAGAAUGUCACAAUGGACGAGGGGGGUGCGCCCCUGCUCCCUGACAGCCUCGUCUACCAGAUCUUCCUGAGCUUGGGCCCGGCCGACGUGCUUGCUGCUGGGCUGGUGUGCCGCCAGUGGCAUGCCGUGUCCCGGGAUGAGUUCCUGUGGAGGGAGCAGUUCUACCGCUACUACCAGGUGGCCCGCGACGUGCCCCGGCACCCAGCCGCCACAUCCUGGUAUGAAGAGUUUCGGCGGCUCUACGACACAGUGCCCUGCGUGGAAGUGCAGACGCUCAAGGAGCACACGGACCAGGUCCUGCACCUCAGCUUCUCACACUCCGGCUACCAGUUUGCUUCCUGCUCCAAGGACUGCACGGUGAAGAUCUGGAACAACGACCUGACGGUCUCGCUGCUGCACAGCGCGGACAUGCGGCCCUAUAACUGGAGCUACACCCAGUUCUCCCAGUUCAACCAGGACGACUCGCUGCUGCUGGCGUCCGGGGUGUUCCUGGGGCCCCACAACUCCUCGUCUGGUGAGAUCGCAGUCAUCAGCCUAGACAACUUCGCCCUGCUGUCCCGAGUGCGCAACAAGCCAUACGACGUGUUUGGCUGCUGGCUCACGGAGACCAGCCUGAUCUCGGGGAACCUGCACCGCAUCGGAGACAUUACCUCCUGCUCAGUGCUCUGGCUCAACAACGCCUUCCAGGUGCGGGCGCGUGUGCCCCCUGUGGCUGUCGCCUCCUCGGCCUGCUGCCCACCUGCUGUCUCCCACCCCCAGGACGUGGAGUCCGAGAACGUCAACGUGGUAAAGCGGCUCUUCAAGAUCCAGAACCUUAACGCCAGCACCAUCCGCACAGUGAUGGUGGCCGACUGCAGCCGCUUCGACAGCCCGGACCUCCUGCUGGAUGACGGUGCCACCCCCGGCCGCGUCUUCGACCUGGGCGGCGACAGUGAGGACGAGGCUGUGGGCCCGGGGCCGGCUCCGGCCCGCACCAAGGAGGGCUUGCGGCGCUUCCUGGACGGGCUCCUGGACGGGCGGGCACAGCCCCAGCUGUCAGAGCACGCGCUGGAGACACAGGUGGCCGAGCUGCUGGCCCAGGGCCGCACCAAGCCCCCCGAGCACAGCACAGCCGCUGCCCGCAAGCUCCUCGUCUUCACCACGGGCUGCCUCACCUACUCGCCGCACCAGAUCGGCAUUAAGCAGAUCCUGCCACACCAAAUGACCACAGCCGGGCCUGUGCUGGGUGAGGGGCGGGGCUCAGAUGCCUUCUUUGAUGCCCUGGACCACGUCAUCGACGUGCACGGACACAUCAUCGGCAUGGGCUUGUCCCCGGACAACAGGUAUCUGUACGUGAACAGCCGAGCCUGGCCGAGCGGUUCUGUGGUGGCCGACCCCAUGCAGCCACCGCCCAUCGCAGAGGAGAUCGACCUGCUGGUGUUUGACCUCAAGACCAUGCGGGAGGUGAAGCGGGCUCUGCGGGCCCACCGCGCCUACACACCCAACGACCAGUGCUUCUUCAUCUUCCUGGAUGUCAGCAGGGACUUCGUGGCCAGCGGGGCCGAAGACCGGCACGGCUACAUCUGGGACCGGCACUACAACAUCUGCCUGGCGAAGCUGCGGCACCAGGACGUGGUCAACUCUGUGGUCUUCAGCCCCCAGGAGCAGGAGCUGCUGCUGACGGCCAGCGACGACGCCACCAUCAAAGCCUGGCGUUCGCCGCGCACCGUGCGCAUCCACCAGGCCCCGCGUCCUCGUCCCCACCCGUUUUUCUCCUGGUUUGCCAGCCAGAAGCGCUGAGGGGGGCGCUGGCCGACCGGAGCGUCCCGGGUGUCCUUGGGCCGCCGGGACCCGCCGAAGACGCCAGAGGCCUACAGCCCCUUCCCAAGGGUCCGGAAGCUGCCCAGACCGUGUGGUGGGCAGAGAAGCCGGGAACAGAACUGCCUCAGGGAGGGGGUUCGGCGGGGCUGCAGACCGGGCAGCCUGACCCCCGCCCGCCACGCUCACGCCCCACGCCACCUCCCACGGCCAUGACGUCCAGCGCCGGGGCAGCCUCCUGGCUGGCAUGGGAUGCACCGGACGCUGGGGGCCCCACCCUUCACCCACUCUUUUUCCCCAGGGCCUGGGUCCUGGGGCCGUCAGCACCACACGUGACCCGUGGCUCGCCCCAUGCACCCGGAGCGGUGUUUCCUCAGGGAAUCGGUCUGUGCGGCAGCGGGGCCGACAGCACGGGUCAGUCCGCCGUGGGCCCAGGCAAACUGCAUGUCACCGAUCACCCGUUUGGGGGCCAAAUAAACAGCUGGCAACAGCA